AUGGCCAGCACAGUGAUCGGGGUGACACUUGUCCUCUGGACCGCCCUGGGUGGGUGGACUGCAGCGCAGCAACAGCAGCAUCAGCAGCAGGCCGCCCUGCUCAGCAGCACUGCAGACGACGUGUUCAGCAUCAUCGCUAGAGCAGUUCAGCAAGAGCUGCGGCCAGUCGUCAGAAGACUAGAGUCUCGUGUGGAGUCGCUGGACAACAGACUGACUCAGCUCGACUCUCGAGUGACGGAACUCACCACCAGUAUUUUGAGGAGCAGGCAGAGUGAGCAGAUUGAAGAGCUGUCCAGUCAACUAACUGGAAUCACUGCGAGACUCGACAGCCAGCAGUCACAGCUGAGCGAGCUCAACACCCAGCUGGGCGAACAGAAAAUGGCUCAGAGUGAGUUGUCCGCCAAACUGGAUAACCUGGGUAACUUGACCGCCCACGUCGAUAUGCUAGGAUCCAAGCUGACCGCGGCCGUUAUCAACACGUGGUCCCAACAGGAGCGUGUGGAUGACCUCGCUGCUAAGGUAAACCAUCUGUACCUUCCUCGUGACUGCAGCGACCUGCCUGUCGACUCCCCAUCUGGAGUCUACCUCCUUCGGCCCAGUGGUGACAUCCAGCAACCACCCGUCGAGGCGUACUGCGAUAUGGACACUGCCGGAGGGAGAUGGACGGUGAUCCAGAGGAGGGAUGACAUCCAGCCCCGCCAGGACUUCUACCUCGGGUGGACGGACUAUAAGGAAGGCUUUGGAAAUCUAACCAAGGAGUUCUGGUGGGGCUUAGAAAAGACCUGGCAGCUGACAGCAUCAUACCGCCAGUACGAGCUUCGCGUUGACCUGGAGGCGUUUGACGGCCAUCGAAGACACGCUACCUACGAACGGUUCCGUAUCUCGUCUGAGGGGGACGGCUACAAACUGAGUGUCUCCAAGUACUCGGGAACUGCCGGGGACAGUCUGACGCACCAGUCCAGUAUGAAGUUCUCGACCGGUGACCGUGACCAGGACGGCGGGUCCGCCCACUGUGCAGAGUCCCGCCAGGGGGCCUGGUGGCACGACCAGUGCGGGUGGAGCAGCCUGAACGGACGGUACCGGGACGGCGGCACGGUGGACAAGACGGGCAUAUGGUGGUGGACGUGGAGCGACGACUAUGACACACUGAAGAAGGCCGAGAUGAAGAUCAGGCCCACCUAA